AUGUCAAUCUACGGCGCUUUACCGAAGCAAGCAACGUAUGUUCCAACAACUUACUUGUGCUUGUGGUUAUUUGUCCGCUGCUGCUGCGAAUACAUUCCUAUCUGUGCUGUGCUGGCGGGCGAUGCAGAGCAGAAGGCAGCCGAUCAGCAGCAGGGAGCUAAAGAUUCACUGGGGGAGGCGUCUUCGGAUAUCGAGACGAAGGUCAGCCCGGACGGGGCGGACAAGGUGUUCCAGCAGCCCCACUACCACCAGGGAGGAGGUUACCCCUUGGACGGCAUCCCGAUACCCGUGCACCAGAUCCCCAUUCAAAGCGGCCACAUCAUCCUGCCGCAGCUCCUCAAUAACGGACUCCAACAGGGCCCCAUCCACUUGUCCCAGUGGGAGAGCAACAAGAAGCCUCCACAGCCUGUGUUCGAUCACCAACAGGGCCACAUUCCUGUCGUCGCCUAUCCGGACAUCCACCACCAGCCAACGCAGGUGGUCCAUCACGGGGGAGGUCAAUUGGCACAGGAGGAAUCACCUCAGCACCACCAGUACAUCGAGAACCACAACGUACACCCCCAGACGGAUCACGGUUCACAUGACGCGUGGCCACUGCCUCAGCCAGAGGUGCCCAAGAUUGUUCACCUGGACGUCAAGUGCGAAAAGAAUCUCAUGAAGGUCGUGGUGGAGUUCGACACGCCCUUUCACGGAAUCAUCUUUAGCAAGGGUCAUUACAGCUACGGCAGCUGCGUACACUUGCCCGCUGGAUCCGGUCGCAAGAGUGUCUACUUCGACGUGUCGAUCAACAGCUGCGGAACCAUUGGAAAUACACAGAACGGUCUGUAUGGCCACGACGGCGGGACCUCAGGGACCGGAAGCUUCUUUGAGAAUACCAUCAUCGUUCAGUACGACCCCCAGGUACAGGAGGUUUGGGACCAGGCACGAAAACUGCGCUGUACAUGGCAUAACAACUACGAAAAAGCGGUCACUUUCAGACCGUUUCCAGUGGACAUGCUCGACGUGGUGCGCGCAGACUUUGCGGGCGACAACGUCGGUUGCUGGAUGCAGAUCCAGGCAGGUAAAGGGCCGUGGGCGAGCGAAGUAGCGGGCAUCGUAAAAAUCGGACAGACCAUGACAAUGGUGCUAGCAAUCAAAGACGACGAGAAUAAAUUCGAUAUGCUCGUUCGGAACUGCAUCGCGCACGACGGACAGCGGGCACCGAUUGAGCUCGUGGACAGUCAAGGCUGCGUGGUGCGAUCAAAAUUGAUGAGCAGGUUCACCAAGAUCCGGAACUUUGGUUCUAGCGCCACAGUGUUGUCCUACGCGCAUUUUCAGGCGUUCAAGUUUCCGGACACUAUGGAGGUGCAUUUUCAGUGCACCAUCCAGAUCUGCCGCUACCAAUGCCCGGACCAGUGCUCCGCGCAAGCUGCCGUUGACUCGUCGGCUUCCGACCGGCAGGUGCUCUACUCCAACCACGUGUCUCCACCAGCAGGGCGGCCCAGGGAGGAACGAGACGUGUCCAUCGACGAGGAACUGGACGACGAGGAGAUGGCCGAAAUCGGCGUCAAUCGGGUCAUCCGUGUCGUUUCCGCUGGAGACUUAGCAUUUAGUCUCGGCUCCAAUGACACCCACGCGGCACGCAUGAUCAGAGAAGAGCACGAGAGCUCGGUAAUCUGCAUGUCUGCGCCAGGAUUUGCGUCCGCGCUUGUCGUAUUGCUGUCGAUUCUCGUUAUAGCGUGUCUGUUGUCCGCAUUUCUCUGGGUCAAGCAGAAGACAGCGUCAAGGUUUCCCAAGGGUUUUCCUUACGAUCUGCCUGUAUUCAAGAAGGGAAAGCUCUAAAACGAGAUCUGCCGUAUUUAUUUUUACAGAACUGCCACACCCCGAACUAAAUCCCACAGAAAUGAAUGUACAUGACGGUGACGUCCGGAACGUGUUGAUGGAACGCAUUCGUUUGCUUCGCUAAUUUUUUCACACACCUGAGCGAAUCUUGGCAAGAAAAAGUGGUGCAUUAUUGGGUAAGCUUUCAUGUUGUCUGUUGGUUUUGGUCAUAGGACAAUUGAAUGCACUCUGUCAGCAUGUUCAAGGAACAUCCAAUGUUCACGUUCAGCAGGACAAAGGCCGCGAGAAUACCUCCUGUUGCUGAACUACGUGCAUUCCAUUCCAGCACCUUGCGGCAAGGUAAAUAAGCAAAUCCGUUUCCAGCAAUGUUUAUCGAAUCUUAUGCAGAGUACAUGCUGGGAAUGACGUCACACAAGUGAUCGGUGAGCAUGACGUCUAACGCAGGCUUUAGGAACGGCAAAUUUGAGUUAUCAUGGAAGUGGCUUUAUAAAACUCGCCGUUUCAUUUGGGGUCAUGAAAUACAGAUUGCGCGUGAUAGCUACUUUUAAACAGCGACGGCACAAAAAGAUGUCACUCGUCACACUAGUUCUGUAGAACAGCUUAUGGCAGAUAACACGAAGCAGAUGGCUGGUCACAAACUUGCUUUCAUGUUAAAGGCAUUUAAGUUAAUUCCUUAUUUAUUACAUUUACUCUCCUCACCACAUUCAGGGAUCAUUUUCAUCUACUUAUCAUAAAAGGUACAGCAACUAUGCCCGCCUAUGAAUAUGGAAAGGCUCUUGCUGGCCUCCAACCAUUCACAAUAACAGUUCUACUGGAUUAGCGUUUAAUGUCCAAGAGUUCUAUUUGGGGAAGGUACUUUUAAGUCUCAGAAAACAAUGUUGCAAACAUCCAUAAAGAUGUGACUUGCGUGUCCAGUCUACUGGGGGAUGAAUGUCAGUCUUGAGUGCCAAAGUGUGCGAGAUGAGGUUGCUGUAACCUCCACCUGCCAUGGUGGUAUGUUGGAGUAUUACUCCCUGUCCUUUAUUUCACGUUGAAGUGUUAAAAAAAGUUAAUAGUAUUGAUUGCCAGGUGUCAUGUUAUGUAGCGUCUUUCAAGAUACCUAGAACUGCCAUGAUCAUUAAAACUAUAAUAGUCUUCAAGAUGUCGCAGGCAUGGAUAAUGCUUUCAGCAUAUUGCCAUUCCUUUGAGACUAGUGCUCUCAAUUUUCUUUCAAAGCACAUGACAGUUUCAAAGCACAAACUUGCUUCUUAGUAUGUGAGUGUAUUUGUUUGAACGGUUUUAUUUGUGCUUUGUUCAUAAGUGUUACAUGCACCAUUAUGAGAAUGACUGCCUUCUGUGUGUAAAGUGUGUCUGAGAUAUAAAUGAUGUCCGAAGAACAAGCUCCUGGAUGCUUUGGGUAUCAAGGCCAGCAAUUGUGAUUGGAGGCUGAAUAUCUCCCACAGCAGGCAUAUGCAAAAGCUCACAUGGAGGAUUUAAAUGAAGACUUCAGUUGAAACCAGCUGGAGCAUAGAUUUUGGCUAACCUUUCAAUUAAAACUAUGCCAUGUUUGGAAUAAUGCAUCCUCAUCAAUGCAACAAGUGAUGAAAUUAAUAUGCAUGCAAAUCUACACCAAUGUACACAAAAAAGUGGAUAGUCUAGCAUAGUCAAAGUGGCAUGGGAGAUUACCUUGCAACAAUUUACAUGUUCAUUUCCUCUGUAAAGGAACAACUGAUGUGCUAGUAUUUCUUUAGUCGACAGGAUGCAAUGCUAUUUUAUCAUUUGGUUUUGUAAAUCUUUCCUUUGUGUACUUCCAGCAAAUCGUGUAAAACUGAGGCCUGCUAAACCCUCAUUACACAGCUUAGCUUGCCUCCCAAAAGCGGAUGGCCCAUGCAAUGCCCUGGGCCACACAGCUAGUACAAUGAUAGCCCCGUAACUGGCAUUUUUGUAAAUAUGUAUCUCAUGCCCUUGUUGUAAAUAUUGUGCUCUAUUGUUUACCAUAUGGUCUACUAACAUGUAGCAUUGUUGUCUGGUAGAAAAAUAAAUUUAUGGAGGAGCCAA